AUGUCUGAAAAGGAGGAUACUUCAAAAGAGGUAGAGGACAGCAGUAGUCAAUUUAGGACAGAAUCUAAAUCACAGUUGGUGGAAAAACCUGGAUUUAUUAAAGAAAUAUCAAAUUUGUUAAAGGAAGGUUCUGAUGGGAAACCUUUUGACCAGAUUGGUGAAACACAUCCUAGAAAGGAUACAUUAGACAGACAUGAUGAUACAUCCUCCUCUGGAAAUAAGCCUAAGAGAAAUAAAGAACAAAGGGAAGCUCUUCAAUCUUCUGAAACAGUCACUAGCUAUGACAGCGCGCAAUUAAUAACUGAAACAUCACCAAGUCCAUCAUCAUCAAUAACGGAGAUGACUGCUGAAUAUGAGACUUCUGUUGACUUCCUAUUUCAUGAAACAUUCGGAAAAAACAGUCUACAGCUCUCUGAAGAAAAUGAGAAAGGACUUCGCUUAGGGUCAGAUGACUUUACAGUCAAUCUCAAGGCCAAGGGUUUACAAGAAUUCCCCAAGGACAUUUUAAAAAUAAAAUAUGUAAAAUAUCUAUAUUUAGAUGAGAACAAAAUCGAAAGUUUUAAAGGAGCAGACUUGGGUGAUCUGCAAAGACUAGAAAUUCUGUCCUUGCAAGAUAACAAACUAUCAUCAUUUCCAUCUGAAAUUCAGUUAUUUCAUAAUUUAAGGAUAUUAAAUGUCAGUCACAACCAACUAUCACAUAUACCUAAAGAAAUAUCACAGCUUGGGAGUAUCAAGCAGCUCUUUUUAAAUAACAAUGACAUUGAGAAUUUUCCUUCUGGCUUAGUAAGUCUUAGAAACUUGGAAAUUUUAAGUCUGGCUAAAAAUAAGUUAAGACAUAUACCAGACACUCUGUCUAGUUUGAAAAACUUGAGUGUUCUCACUCUGGCAUAUAAUCAGCUAACAAUAUUUCCUAAAGUUCUGUGCUUUCUGCCAAAGUUAAUUUCAUUAAACCUUACUGGAAACCUGAUAAGCAGUUUGCCAAAAGAAAUUAGGGAGCUUAAAAAUUUAGAAAAACUUUUAAUGGAUCACAAUAAACUUACAUUUUUGCCAGUGGACAUUUUUCGAUUGCUCAAAAUGCAAGAACUUCAGCUGACUAACAACAAAUUAGAGGUUAUUUCACACAAAAUAGAGAAUUUUAGGGAACUUAAGAUUCUAAUGCUUGAUAAAAAUAUACUGAAAGAAAUACCAGAGAAAAUUUCCCACUGUGUAAUGUUGGAAUGCCUUAGUCUUAGUGAUAAUAAAUUAACGGAACUUCCUAAGAACAUCCACAAGCUUAAAAAUUUAAGAAAACUCUGUGUAAACAGAAAUAACAUACUGAGAAUACCUGAAGAUAUCUCACAUCUUAAUAAUAUGUUCAGUUUAGAAUUUUCAGGAAAUAUAAUCACAGAUGUUCCCAUUGAAAUAAAAAACUGCAGAAAAAUAACUAAAGUUGAAUUGAGUUAUAAUAAAAUAAUGUAUUUUCCAGUAGGUUUGUGCGCUUUAGAUUCUCUUUAUUAUUUGAGCAUUAAUGGAAAUUAUAUUUCAGAAAUACCUGUGAAUAUAUCUUUCAGUAAGCAACUGCUUCAUUUAGAAUUUAAUGAAAACAACCUCCUAAUAUUUUCUGAGCACUUUUGUUCUCUUAUUAAUCUUCAAUACCUAGAUCUUGGUAAAAACCAAAUAAGGAAAAUUCCACCAUCUAUUUCCAACAUGGCAUCACUCCAUGUUCUUAUUUUAUGCUGUAAUAAAUUUGAAACUUUUCCUAUAGAAGUGUGUACUUUAGCAAAUUUGCAAGUACUUAAUUUUUCAGAAAACCAAAUACAGAAAAUUCCUCCAGAGAUCUGUAACUUAAAAGAAAUCCAGAAAUUAAACAUCUCAAGCAAUCAAUUUACGUAUUUUCCUACUGAAUUGUGUCAACUUUUCUCACUGGAAGAGCUGAAUAUAAGUCAGAUAAAUGGGACAAAGUUAACAAGACUUCCAGAAGAGCUGUCUAAUAUGACUCAACUUAAAAGACUUGAUAUCUCAAAUAAUGCAAUCAGAGCGAUUCCAACAAAUAUAGGGAAAUUGAGAAGUCUGGUUAGUUUAAAUGCAUACAACAAUCAAAUAAGUUAUCUGCCACCAUCUUUUCUAUCUUUAAAUGAUCUCCAGCAACUAAACUUGAGUGGAAAUAAUCUUACAGCUCUGCCUAGUGGUAUCUACAACCUUGUUUCACUGAAAGAUAUAAAUUUUGAUGAUAACCCUUUGGUGAGACCUCCAAGGGAAAUGUGUAAAGCAAAACAAUUGUAUACCAUCACACGUUAUCUACAGAGGGCAGAUGAAAGAGAUGAGAAAAUCUUAGAGAAGAUCUUCAAGAUAGUUGCCAACAACAUCACUGAAACAAAUUUUCAAUUUUUGUGUCAAAAAUUAAACCUGGCAAUCUCAGAAACUGAUAGGUCUACAAAGAGCACUGUUUCAUUAAGUGAGCGAGUCCACCAAGCACUUGACAGGUGGAAAAUGGAAAGUACCAACUUGUCACUAACCACUGCUGCUUUAAGUGACCAACUAACUCGGGCGCUAACUCUGAUAGGAGCAUAUGAAAUUAUGAACAAAAUCACAGCUUUAAAACUUUUUACAUGUACAAUUAAAUUCUGA